CCGAUUUCCUUGGCUCCCACAGGAAAACGACCCCCGCGGCGACCAGAGGCACACCGGCCAUGGCGGUGCAGCAGCUCCGUUCGUCGGAGCAGCGUGCCUGGCCUCAAGGCCGCGCGCUCCUUCGCCGAACGGCGCUCGCCGUGUCGAGCACAUGGCGAGAUUGUGAGCCGAUCCCCGCCAGCGAUGCGCACAACGCGCUGGACGGCGAGGCGGGGAGGCGAGCGCCGGCGACCGCGACAUCAGGAGGCAACGGCAACGUGCGCGGCGACUGCCACGCAACGUGCGUCCAUAAGGGAGGCGCCGACGGGUGCUUUUGUGCGUCGUCUCGAGGGACGGCGGUGUCCCGCCCAUGGCGUACUCGCACGGCGGCGGCCGUGCGGACCCGCAGGCCGGCGUCAUCAACAUAAGGCCCAGCCCCUCUUUCCUUUAAUUUCUUUCGUCGGGGCUGGGGAUUUGCGGAUUCCUCCUCUAUGGUUUGGAUUUGGUGAUUUUGGAGAACAAAAUUUGGGGGUUUUCAUUAGUUUGCCAAAUCACCUCCUUCUAAUUGCUAAAACCUGGGAUUGAAACGUGCUGAUUGUAUCAUGGAACUUGAUGCGGAAGCUUUGCUCAAUUAAUUCUGACAGAAUAGAUUGAACUUUCUGUCUAA